CGGUUUUGGGGGGGGAGGGGAUGCCGCCGGCCCUCGCCCGUGGGUCGUGUCCCCCAACUCCCGUCCUGCUGCUCGUGGAGGCGGAGCCCCCCGAACCCCAGCGCUGCGGGGAGGCGGGGGGGUGACCCCCCCCUCCACACACACACACACUCCGGCAGGCCCCGAGUGGGGCUCCCCAGGGGCCGGGCACCCCUUUGCCGUGUCCCGGGGAGCAUCAUCCCGCCCGGGGUGCGUGUACCGGCCCCGGGGGUUGUUACCGGGGCGGUUGUGGGUUCACAGACACCCGUGGGCCCCCCCCUCAUGCGGAGAGGAGCCGGUGCUGGGCCAUGAGCAACGCCACGGCCCCCACGGCCCCGGGCACUGCGGGUGACUCGCUGGUGGGCUACGUCCUGGGACCCUUCCUCCUCGUCACCCUCCUCGGCGCCCUCCUGGCCGCGGUGAUGUACAUCCAGAAGAAGCGGAGGUUUGACCGGCUGCGCCACCGGCUGCUGCCCAUGUAUAGCUACGACCCGGCUGAGGAGCUGCAGGAGUCCGAGCAGGAGCUGCUGGUGGAAGCAGAGGACACCCGGGUGGUGCCCGGCUGGGGGGGGCCCUCGCCCCACCGGCCCCCACGCAGGGACUGGAAAGCCUGAUGCUGCCCGGAGAGCUGGGGCCGAAUCCUGCCCGCGGGAGCCAAGGGAGGACGGUGUCAGCACCGGCGCUGCCACCUUUGCUGGGAAGGGCAGGAUGCUCCUGCGGGAGCGUGGCGAUGCUGGUGGGCGCUGCCCGGGGAGCGAGCCCACCCUGCGUGAGCACUGACGAUAACGGGUUAUCUCCUACCUCGGCGCCUCUUUUGGCCCAUUUUUUCGCUUGAACUGCCCCGCCAGCCCCUUAAAAUGCACCGAGCAGGACGGCUGGGGCUGGCACCCUGGCAGGGGGAGCAGCCGGGCUGCGGGGGCUUUGCAGGGCGCGGAGGGCAGGAGCAGCGCGGCGGGUGCUGGAGCAAAUAAAUGUGUUUCUCUGCA